AUGAACGGGAACGAUGCAUCAGUUGCGAUGCCACAAAGUGUGGCGGAUGUAGAAGAGCUUGUCAAACGCUUGUACAAGCCUGGCUCGCCGAAAAUAAUCUCUACAAUCAAUGAUCAGCUGCUGAAGCUCCAGCACUCAACAGAAGGAUGGAACCUCGCCGAUGCGCUGAUGAGUAGCAACGACCAGAACGUGCGCUUCUUCGCCGCGAACACGUUCACAGUAAAACUCAACAAUGAAGGAUCUAACCUUAACGCUGAAGCUGCGCAGACUAUACGCAAGCGUCUGACCUCAUGGCUGGCACAUGCUGUAAGCCAACACGACAGUGCUAUGGUAGUGCGGAAGCUUUGUGCGACGCUCGUCACAUACUAUAUACGAGCAUCCUUUCUCUGGGACCGGCCAAUCUGCACGAUCGCGUACACCCUGCACGCUGGAAACGAGGAUACGGACCACCUCCCAGACAUUGACACUACGCUACCAAGACUGAACCAAUAUCAAGUCGUCGCUCUGCUCUGGUUCUCUGCUACACUUGCAGAUGAAGUUAGCAGACUUGAUAGCAACACUGCCUCGCACAGCAAAGUCCACAAUGCAAUGGAAGUCAACGUUCAGGACGCUAGUAGAACCAUGAGUGCUGCUCUCAAGGCGCCAGAUUUCAAAAUCAAUGGCGAGGGACUAAGAUGCUUCUUGACAUGGGUCAACUAUGCUCAACCAGUAUGGCCAAGAAAUUUGGAAGCUCUGCAGCAUCUACGGGAACUCGUCGAGCCGGCUACCCGGAGCCUGGUUACGCAGGAAGUACAAAAUGACGCGCUUGAAGUUUUUCGAGACAUCCUCGAAAGCUACACAAGCUUCUUCCAGCCUGAUCAUAUGCGACUCAUAGGCAGGAUAGUACGAGAACAUGUUCAGCCAGUGCUGCAGCAAGCACUGCGCGACCAAAUCCCGGAGGUCCUACCUUACGGUCAGAUGGUAAUAGCAUAUGGUGUGGCCAACGUCGAAGAGGUAGCCGAGCAUCUGGACGCAUCCGAGCAUGCAGCCACGAUUGUCAAUCUUCACUUCGACAUACUGAGAGCUCCAGGCUAUCCUGGCGACGAUGACGAGCUUUCAAUCAUGAGCAUCGAGUUCUGGAACACGUAUGUCGAGUACGUUAACGACACAGUUUUCUCACAAGAUCCUGGUGCACCAGAACCAACAUGGCUGCCCUCCGCCAAGGCUAUCCUCUUGCAGCUGGUGGAGCUUCUCUGGGCCAAGAUGGUGACACCGCCAGGCAACAUCGCCAACAAUUGGACGGAUGACGAGAACGAUGGCUUCAAGGAGUUCAGGCUUGACACUACGGAUCUCAUUCUAUCAAUGUACGUCUGUCUGGGUAAAGAGAUGCUGCAGAAGCUGGUUGCAUUAGCUUUGCAGUCGCUAGAGAGCAAGCAAUGGCGACUUCUCGAAGCUGGUCUGUUCUGCUUGAAUGCUCUAGCAGACAAUGUGCUGGAAGAGCAAGCUGGCGAGGACACUCUUGCUGCUGUCUUCGGCUCGUCUCUUUUCCGUGAAAUGGGCGACUUCUCACAGACGAUUCCGUCGCAAGCUCGGCGAACAGCCAUCGAUAUACUUGGCUCUUACGGAAACUACAUCGAGCGCCAUGUGGAGUACUUAGCAGAUGCGGUGCGCUUCCUGUUCGCGUCCUUGGAGAUGGGAUUGCUCGCAAACACUGCGGCGAAGUCCAUUGCGGCUUUGUGCUCGGCUUGCCGGUCGAGCCUGACCGGCGAGCUGAACGGCUUCCUGCAGCAAUACCAGAGCUUCUUGGCCGGCCCAACAAACGAUCCGUAUACCAAAGAGAAGGUCAUCGGUGGCAUUGCUUGCAUAGUACAGGCACUCAAACCGGAAAGUGCGAAGGUCGCACCUCUGCUGUCACUCAUCGAAAACGUAGAGCAAGACGUCCAACAGGCCAAGGACAACGCUGCGAGUAAUCCGGACAUGUGUGAAGUGAUGGGCGUGGCCGCUCUGAGUUGUCUUGCCGCGAUAGGAAAGAGUCUGCAAGUGCCGGAUGAUGUGACCAUCGACCUCUACGACGAUGACGAGCCUGCGCAAGGGCAGCGGAACUACUGGGAGGGCGAAGAAGCAGAAGUGGUGCAACACCGUAUCAUGGGUUGCUUCUCCGUGCUGCAGGUCCUUGGGAAUGAUGGCGAUGCUAUUGAGGCCGCUUGUCAAGUGUUGAAAAGUGGUUUCGCGGAGUCAGAGCCAGGACCUUUCGUCUUGCCCCCUUCGGUCACGGUCAGCUUCCUCCAACAGUGUACCAUCCAGACACCACAGGUCGAGUCGGUUCUGUCCACGGCUUGCAUACUCAUCACUCAGCACUCGAAGCCCACUUCUCGGCGCAUCCCUGAAGAAGUUCGAGCAAUUUGUCAACAGGUGGCACACUUUGUUGGCCAGCUGCAACGCCCGAACAGGGACCCUGGCAUAGCUCAUGGCUGCAUUGAAGUCUUGACUCGGCUUUUCCCGCACUACCUGCAUCUUUUGCUUGAACACGAUUCGGCCUUAGCAGAGCAGAUGUCGGCCAUUCUCGACUUCACAUUACAGGCCAUCGACGGGCAAGAUCCAUUCCCGAAGCGCUCGGCAGCGGAACUGUGGGCAAAGCUGAUCAAGCCACCCAACGUCCCCAUUUCGGAUGACGCCCGGCAUCGUCUAGCUCAGGUCAUUUCGGCAUAUGGUCCUCAAUUGUCCCUUACGCUGGUACGGCAAAUCGGCGGUUUUGCUUCAAGGUCAGAGCUCGACUACAUCUGCGAGCCGCUGAAGGCUCUGAUUGUGAAUCAAGCAGCUUCGAGAGGAUGGCUAGAAGCGGCCGUGCUCAAUAAAGCCUUCGUCACCGAGUCUGGUAGUAUUGGCGACACAGAGAAGCGUCGCUUCCUCCUGCAGAUAUUCGGCCUGCGUGGUGAGAUGCGGAAGACCAAAGAGGUCGUGAAGGAGUUCUGGGCGGCUUGUCGUGGUACUGUCGUCUCGUACAGCUGA